AUGCAGCUGGGUUAUGAAGAUGUCAAAGAUCUCUACAAACCCAACUUCAAGAAAGAUAGACGAGUUUGGCUUCAUAAAUCAUCCUCUAAAAAACAAUUAAACACUAUGAGUAUGCCCAAUGACCACAUGCAAAACGAACCACAAGUGCAAGACAUUGGCGUUCAAUUAGCAAAGAAAGAUUCACCGUUUAUGGGUAUUUUAGAAGCAAUCGAAGAAGAUGGCUCUCAUCCUAGAAUGCGCAGACGGCCUAGGUUCUGUGUGUCUGACACGGCACUGGACUACUCGUGUGCAGGAAACAAUGGCCUCAACGGAUACCACGAAGAUCGCCCAACAAGAAAUAAAAUAAGGCGACUUCAUGGCCCAAAAUAUAUCCCCUUAGCUGACUACCUUUCCAAAAACGAGGUAAUGUCAGAACACGAUGAAACUGCAUUGAUGGAUGACAGACACCCAAGUGAUUUUUCAGUGAUUAGAAUGGGCUUUGAACAGCAGUACUCCAAGAUUCCAGAAUACUUGAAGCAGCUGGGUUAUGAAGAUGCCAAAGAUCUCUACAAACCCAACUUCAAGAAAGAUAGACGAGUUUGGCUUCAUAAAUCAUCCUCUAAAAAACAAUUAAACAGUAUGAGUAUGCCCAAUGACCACAUGCAAAACGAACCACAAGUGCAAGACAUUGGCGUUCAAUUAGCAAAGAAAGAUUCACGUAAAUGGCUUCAUAAAUCAUCAGAUAACAAGAAGGGAGCUAUUGAUGAACCUAAUGAUUUUCGAUCCCAUGACACGUUUCGAAAUCAUAGUAGCCCCCCAAAUAGAACUGUUCGCAAUGUGGGUAAUAGUAGCCCGAGUAAAAGCGUUACACUGAUCAGCUCUUCUGCAAGUCUGUAUUUGAAUUCUUCUUUUGAAAAUUUGUAUGUUGACACUGACGAGGAUGUAACGGCUUCCAAAAGUAAUGAUUCGGUCAGGUGUCUUCCCGAUCUCGACAAUGAUUGGUGCAUCGUGUAAGAAAAGACAGACACGACAUGCAUUUGAUCUGAUCAAGAGCAAUGGAGUUAUUGGGUAAUUAAAAAAAUGACAAUUAUGUGAGUUUCAUGACUCAAAUGUAAUGCGUUAUUGUUCGUUUAGCAAAAUAAAUGACCAAGCAAUUUCAUUAGAAUUUUUGUAAGGUUUCAUUUUGAUUUUAAAACAUUCAUAUUUUGCUUGAAGACGAUAUCUAAUGACCUUUUUGAGAACAAUUUUUUAAGAUUACACGAUUAUGAAUAGUCUAUAGCUACAAGACAGCUGUUCUUUUUAUGGCUAAUACCUUAUAAGGUAAUGCACAUAUUGUGAGUCCUAUUUUCCCCUGUAAACUUGGCAGGGGCAGAUCAGGAGGAAGUCGAAAGUGAAAACGUUGGAGCAUGCUUGUGAAGAAUAAGAACAACUCUGUUCGUGCUAGGGACUCCCCUAGACACAUUCUUUUACCUGAAAAACAAAAUGAAAACAAUUAGGACUUAUGAGAGUCUCGUGACUAGCAGAACUCUGAAGGUACAACCAGUAAAAGUGAAACGAACCCUUAUAUCCAAAGCAAAGAUUAAAA